AUGGCAAUUCAACCAGAGCAGUUGUGCCGAGUGCUGGAGGGCUCGUACAGCCCUAAUGCAGAUAUACGUCGUGAAGCAGAGGCGGUUUUGAAGUCUCUCUCUCCAACAAAAGGCCUUUUGAGUGCUUUGGUUCACAUCAUUGGACAUGAUGGGGUUGAUAUCUCUGUUCGCACUGCUGCGUCUGUGACACUAAAAAACGAACUGCGGCAGCACUGGGAGGAGAGCGAUGAAGUGAAUGAUGUAUCAAAUGAAGCAGCUUCCUCUCCUGCUGCUGCUGCUGCUUCUGCUGCUGCUGUUUAUGGAGAGGAGGAGAAGCAACAGCUGCGAAAUACAAUUUAUUCUAUCAUAAAAGCGCUCAAACCCGAUGCUGCACCUGUCAGAUUGCAGUUAAUCGAAUGCGUUCGCAUCAUCGCUCUUCAUGAUUAUCCAGACAAAUGGAGUAGUAUAUUGAACGAAGUUUGUGCAGAUUUGUCUGCAUGCAUGCCUGCUUCUAUGCUUGCGGGUCUUUCUGCUGAGGAACGAGGACAGCUUCAGGUGUAUAAGGCGAAGAAGUGGGCUUUGCAAAUUGUGCAGCGAGUGUUUACUCGAUUUGGAGAUCAGAAGAUGCUGAAAAGAGAAAGAAGAAAAACAGAGAAAGAUGAAGAUGCAAUGGCGAGAGCCUUUGGAGAGCACUUCGUCAAUAACUGGGCAAGGAGAUUAACUGAGGAGCUGCUGCUGCUGCUGCAGCAGCACGUGCAGCAGCAGCAGCAGCAGCAGGUGGUGUGGCUGUCUCCUCGUAUGCUGAAUCUAACGCUGCAGUAUUUAUCUCGUGCUGUUGAAAGUGCUUCCCUAUACACCCCAAUAAUAAAGCCUCAAGGAGAGUUUCUUGUUUUUCACGUUUGCUUGCCUUUAAUGCAUUACUCCAAAGAUGAUGAAGACACCUGGGAAGCAGAACCUGUUGAAUUUAUUCGAAGACAGAACGACCCCUUAGAGGCUUUCUCUCAGCCAAGAGAAGCAGCGAUAGAGUUUGUGAAGAAUUUGGUGCGGUAUCGUGCGAAAGAUUUUUUGGAGCCGAUGUUUGUGGCUGUACACCGCGUGUGCACGGAGUAUAAGCAGGCGACAGAAGCAGCAGCAGCAGCAGGAGGAGCAGCAGCAGCAGCAGCAAUAUCGCCUGAAAUAUGUUGUGCUAAGGAUGGAGCGUUAGUUCUUGCGGGUGCAGUAUGCGAUCGUCUUGCAUCUAAGAAGAGACGAGCACCUGUAGAAGAGUUUUUAUCUUCUUUUGUACUUCCUGAUCUGUGUGCAAGUAAUAAAUUUCUUCGGUUAAGAGCUUGUUGGGUAUAUGAAGUCUAUUUAGAUAGAGUAGAGAAAUGGAGAGAGCCUGCUGCUGUUAUUGAAGCAUUUAAUCGUAUGGUUUCUCUUCUUACAGACACUGAGCUCCCUGUACGAGUGCAAGCGGGUGUAUCUAUAAAGGCGUUUUUUGAUAUAGAGUUAGAACCUCUACAAGAAGUUAUUAUAAAUAAUCUUCAGAUAUUGGUAGAGCGCUUAUUUGCUUUAAUGCAAGAUAUUGAUAAUGAUCAAAUUGUAUGUACAGUUGAGCACCUCGUUAUAACCCAUGAAGACCAUAUCUCCCCUCUAGCACAGCAUCUUACUGCUGCACUUACGAAUGCUCUUCUCGCUAUGCUUGAUAGAGAAGGUGCAGCACAAAUCAACAGAGAUACAGAUGCAGAAGAUGAUGCGAGCUUCGCUUCUAUUGCUGUACUCAGCACCCUUAAAACGGUGCUAGGUACAGUAACAGAGACGCCUCAGGUGUAUGUUGAGAUUCUUCCUCAUUUAUUUCCCGCUCUCGAUGCACUGAUGGCUCCCAACUGCGUUGAUCACUUAGAAGACACUUUAUCUAUUUUAUCUUAUCUGACUUUUUAUCUUCCUACUCCUUUUACUCCAAAGCUCUGGGGGUAUUUCAGCAUUCUAUUUAAAGCUGUCUGUGGGCAACAGCAACAGCAACAGCAACAGCAGCAGCAGCAGCAGCAGCAGAUAGGUGAAGGGAUAGAGUGUGGCUGGGCUUCAGAUCACUUAGAACAAAUGCUUCCUCUCUUUAGUAACUUUAUUGCAAGAGAUCAAGAUUCAUUUGUUAAGGAAAAGGAGCAGAAGGAGAAUAAGACUGUUGAUAAAGCAACUAAGAGAGCCUUUAUUCUUUUCGUUUCAUCUCUCCUUAUCUAUGCCUUAGAACCAUCUAUACAGCUUCUGCAUCAAAAACAUAUCUUACAGCCUGUACUCACCUUUGUUCUCGAUAAUGCUGCGCUUGUCGAAGCAUAUCAGCAGAGGAAGAUAUUUGUCUUAGCGUUUGCACCUCUUCUCCGAGCUGUCUCUGCAUCUCCUUCUGAUUGGCCAGAGUGUGUUGUGAAUAAUAUGGAAGCUAUAGUUUCUUUACUGGCUACUCACGGUGUAUCACUGAGGGAAAUGAAAGAUAAAGCAGACGAAGGAGGAGCAGACAGCGACUUAAACUCUGAUAAUGAUAGCGAACAAAGUCUUGAUGACACCCAAGAUGCAGAGCUUCACGCAAAGGCUCAAUCUCUUCUUCUUAAACUCGACUCAGAAUGGGGCGAUGAUGAUGAUGAAGAUUGGGACCUUGACUUCGACUCGUAA